GUACUCUACUGCAUGCAGGACAUGGUGAAGUUUCUGCCAAACUGCAGCAAAAACAGGACACUAACGACAGGCUGUUAAGAUGCGUGGUAUCUUUGCUAGUUGUGCUCUGGCAGCAGUGCUGCUGGCUGUAACCUGGGCAGACCACCAUGACCACCACGACCACCACGACCACCAUAGCCACAGCAGUGAGGGAGAGAUGAGCUGCCACAAGCUGUCCGCUCCCAACGCCGACUUUGCCUUUGCCCUCUACAAAAGUCUGAAUGCCAAGGCUGCAGCUGGGAAGAACAUCUUCUACUCACCGCUGGGCAUCUCCACCGCCCUGUCCAUGCUGUCCACAGGGGCCCAUGGUGAAACCCACAGCCAGCUCUUCUCCACCUUGGGCUACAGCGCCUUAAACCAGACUCAGGUCAACGAAGCGUAUCAGCAUCUUUUCCACAUGCUUGACAACAGCCAUGAGGAUGAGCAGCUGGAUGUCGGCAACGCUGUGGCAGUGCGCUCAGGAUUCACUCCUCUGGAGAAGUUCGUGAAGGAUGUCGAGGAUUUCUACGCCGGCGACAUCUUCAAAGUUAAUGUUACCAGACUUGAAGAGGCUGCAGCUGAGAUCAACAGAUUCAUUGCUAAUGAAACCCAGGACAAGAUAAAGAAUGUGGUACAGCAGCUGAACCCUGACAUGGCCAUGUUGCUUAUCAAUUACGUCUACUUCAGAGGACAGUGGGCGAAACGCUUCAACGAGGAAUUCACGGACGAGGCAGACUUCCAUGUGGACCAGACCACCAAAGUUCAAGUGGACAUGAUGUCGAGGACGAGUCACUACAAGAUCUACAGGGACGAUAGAAACCAGGCCACCGUCAUCACAGUGCCUUAUAAGGGCAACGCCUCCAUGAUGAUCGUCAUGCCUGAUGAAGGCAAGAUGACGACAGUGGAGCGAAACAUCAGCAAGGACUCCAUCAAGCACUGGCAAGACUCGCUCUCCAUGGCAUAUGUAGAUCUGUACUUGCCAAAGUUUUACAUCUCUGUGGACACCUCCCUGGAUGACACACUGAAAGCAAUGGGCAUAACUGAUGCUUAUGAGGACCGCGCUGAUUUCUCCGGAGUGUCCGAAACAGCCAUGCUCAAAGUCACAAAGGCGUCUCACAAGGCAGCGCUGAGCGUCACUGAGGUGGGAACAGAGGCAACAGGCACCACUUUCACGUAUUUGAUCUUGUCCAUUCCGCCGCAGACUGUCAGAAUUGACAGGCCCUUCUUGUUUUUCAUCCUGGAGAACUCCACUGGGAACAUCUUCUUCAUGGGCAAAAUCAACAACCCCACAGCAACAUAAAGGCACACAGCAGAAAAAUGAGAAUCAUGAUCAUAAGUGUCAUCAUCAUUGACUUUUUAACCAUCACACUGGUGUUGUAGCACUUGUAAAUGUACUUGUUCGUGUCACUGGUGGAAGUAACUCCAUAAAAAUGUCUUUAAAGAGACUCAAUAGAAGAUAAUACAGAAAAAGUGAUCGUGAUAUAUAUAUUUUUCGAACUCAAAUACACAAUAAAUAGUUUAAAAAUAUUUAAGUAUGAUUAAGUAAUUGUAUUCAAGUUUACAUAUCAUCCUUGGUGAGUUAUAAUUUUCUCAUAUCUCAUUCAGGCUUACCUGAACUAUAUUUGGUCAUAAAUUUAGCUUUGAUUUAUUUUCUGAAAUACUAAUAUUAAUAAAUUAUGUUUUCUUUACAAAUAAAGUCAUGUGGGGCAGCUAAGGGUCAUGUAGGUCAGUGUCAUCUAAAUCUCAGCAGUUUAAGAGUUAAGUUUCACAUGAAGAGAGAGAGACAGAGAGAGAGAGAGGAUGUGUAACCUGAUGGCCAUCACCCUCACUCGACUCCUCGUCCUUUGACCUGUCAACAGAGGAGUUGCUGUAGAGGUGUUUACACAAUCAGUGCACAUAUACUUUGUCUCCCCUGUCAGCGCCCACAC